CGCACUUCCCUACGCUCGCGAGUGCGAGCACCUUGUGGAGCGGCGCGCCACCGCCGCAGCCGGCGCGCAUGACGCGGAGUCCAUGGGAAGCCCUCGAUAGACCGGGAUCAGGUGCACAUGAUGUGGUGCAACGGAAUCCUGCGCGCGCUCUCCGAUCUCAAAACUAACCUGCGCCGAGCGCAAGCGGCAGCUGUGAGCAUCGCGCGCGCGGAGAAAUCAAGGAGCUGUAGGAGCGCGCGGAGCCCCGACGGUGGCGACAUCGCACGCCUCUGCAUUCUGCUGCAAUGUUGAUGGUGUAAAAGCGUAAUAUGGCGUCUGCUAGAAAUGGACUUCAUAGAUUUCUAGUUCUGUGGCUUUGUAGUCGUUGUUCAGCGCUUUAUAUUGGCCAGCCUCUUGCGAGUCGCGAGGAUUUUGUCUCCGUGGACAAGAUUGAAGCCGUCUGCACGGAGUGGUCUCCUGGCAGCGUGCGUGUUCCCCGAGUUUUUCCCAACUCUCGGGUGGCUGUGCGUUUGCGAGGCACGGGACUGCUACCAAACAGGACCAAGAUUGCGUUCACCAGCGAAAGCUUGGAAAACGGUCAGGAGUGCCAUAGCGAGCUAUUCGUAGGCAGACAGCUUCGAGUGCGCGCUGACAGCAACGGAGAUGUCGUCGCCCAGGGCGUCAUUCCCGCUGCUGCCUCGCAGGACUCUCUUUACCUGUGCACGCGCAACCGUGGCCGUUGGAGGCACCAAGGGAAAGCGGUCAGGCUCGUGUACGCAGCCGCGCCGACAAGGCACGCCGGCCAGCUCAGAAUGCGUCGCAACCUGGGCAUUGGCAGGCGCUCGACCGAUCGCAUCGGAACGGGGCCCAAGCGCAACCUGUCCAAAUCCGAGUUGGACGACGGCGAGGCAGCGCAAGUGGCGCAAACGGCGCAAGUGCUGGGCCUGCGGGCUUUCGGCGAUCGCGUGGCCACCCUGGACUCCGGCAUGACACAGGUGCCUGCGGGUACCAUGGUGGAGUUGCAACUGUUUGGCAACGGCUUCACCAACCAGAGCUCGUUCGCGUUCACUCACGAAGCCGCGCCAAGGGGUUCUGCUUGCGAUGAGGUGCCUACAGUGGCCGUGGUUCACGCCACUAAUGUGGGCGGCGGCAAAGCGUCAGUGUUGGUGAGCCUUCCAGGCCCCAAUGUGCACUACUACGUAUGCAGCAAGGCGCCCCUUAGUGAGGAUGUCAAGUGGGUGCACCAAGGGGACGAGCCCUGGGUGAUGGUGGUGACCCAGGGGCGGCUCAUGCCUGUCUGGGUGCAGGCCAUCAUUCUGGCUGGCCUGCUUCUGCUGUCGGGCCUCUUCAGUGGCCUCAAUCUGGGCCUGAUGGCUCUUGAUAAGACAGAGCUGCGCGUCAUUGAAUCGUGUGGAACACCCAGUGAACGCAAAUGGGCCAAAGUCAUUGCACCUCUGCGCGACCAUGGAAACUAUCUUCUCUGCUCCCUGCUUCUGGGCAAUGUGCUUGUCAACAGCACACUUACCAUUCUUCUGGACGACCUCACCUCAGGCUUGGUGGCUGUUGUCGGUUCCACCAUCAGCAUCGUCAUCUUUGGUGAAAUCAUUCCGCAAGCCAUCUGCUCCCGACAUGGACUGCAGAUUGGUGCUCGCACGCUGUUUAUCACAAAGGUGUUCAUGGCCCUCACACUCCCUCUGUCAUGGCCCAUUUCCAAGAUCCUCGACUGGGUUCUUGGGGAGGAGAUAGGCCAUGUCUACGAUAGGGAAAAGCUGAUAGAGUACAUCCGUCUCACUAAGGACUACAACAUGCUGGAGAAUGAGGAAGUGGACAUCAUCAGUGGGGCACUAGAGCUCAAGAAGAAAACUGCCAAUCAGGCCAUGACUCGUAUGGACGACGUGUUUAUGCUGCCUGUUACAGCAGUUCUGGACUUCGAAACAGUGUCUCAGAUCAUUGCGCAGGGUUACACUCGCAUUCCAGUAUUUGAUGGUGACCGCAAUAAUGUUGUUGGACUUCUAAAUAUUAAGGAUCUGGCUUUUGUGGACCCCGAGGAUGAGAUUCCUCUCCGGACAUUGUGCGAGUUCUACAAUCAUCCUGUCACAUUUGUCUUCGAAGAUGAAACUCUCGUCAACUUGCUCAAUGAAUUCAAGAAAGGGCAAUCCCACAUGGCUUUUGUUCGUCGUGUGAACACAGAAGGAGAUGGUGACCCAUUCUAUGAACUUCUUGGCUUGGUCACACUUGAGGAUGUCAUUGAAGAGAUCUUACAAGCUGAAAUCAUUGAUGAAACAGACAUUUUAAUGGAUAAUCGGAGAAAGCUAAAACGAAAAGAAGCUCAAGUGCGCCAGGAUUUUUCCGAUUUUGCCAAGCUUGGUUAUGGUCGGCAAGGCAAGCACAACAUCUCACCACAGCUGGCUCUUGCAACGUUCCAGUACUUGGCUACCUCUGUGGAGCCAUUCAAGAAGAACCUCAUCUCAGAGUCUGUCUUGCGGCGACUGAUGCUGCAGAACAUCUUCAUAAGCAUUAAGAUGCAUUCUCGUGAAGACCCCGUCAUUUAUGUGGCUGGCCAACCAGCUGACUAUUUUGCGCUGGUGCUUGAGGGACGGGUCAGCGUCACAGUGGGCUGUGAAAAGCUGCUGUUCGAGACGGGGCCAUUCAGCACUUUUGGCAUUCCAGCCAUAUACCGUUGCCCAGCAAGAAAGCGUCCAAAACUCUGCCAGGCCAAAAUCUACUCGGUCAGAGAAAAACGAAUUCACACCAAAGUGCGCCGCGUAGUGGUCGGGGCAACAUGAGAAAAACGCAUGCACUCUGGCUGGCUCUGGCAGCCCGCAGGUAGCGAGAACAGGAAAAUUGAAGAGACUCAAUGUGUCCUUGCUAAUAAAAGUCAAAGCAGAAAAAAUAAAUAAGAAUGUAGUUACCUUUGCUGGCUUUAGUGUGUUGACAUGGAUGCUUUGGCGCAGGUGAAAAAAAUGUUGAUAUUCUUUUCUGUGACAUGACGACACAAAUGCACCACCACAGCGCUUUGUCUUAUCGGACCUCGCUGAGUGCUCUGUCAAAUUGUCUGAUAGUGCAUUGAUUUGGCCCUUCUCGUUGUAUGGUCCGAUGUACGACUUUAGAAAAGUCAAUGCACUUUUGGCGUCAAAUGUUUAUAAGAACACUAAACCUACAAAGUUACGGAAUUGAAAAUCUAAAGCACUACUUUGGAAACAUCAAUGCACCUUUCGCAUAAAAAGUUCAUGAGAACUUUAUGCACAUAAAGUUUCAGAAUUGAAAUCCAUGCGCUCCGUAGAUUUCACUGUAGAUGCCACCACGAGCCCUCUCGCCGUCAAAACACCCUUGAAACUUUGUCCUCGGAUGGGUCUCCUUGCGUUAUGUGACUCCAGGUGCGUGGGCGUUGUCACAAAAUCCAGCCCGAUUUCACAAUGUUCGCGCCAAAAUGGCUUUUCGAGCAUGAAAAAGACAUUCUACACAAGAUCCAGAAUAAUUUCCGGUGCUGGGGGUUGUUU